AUGGCUCCUCUCGUCUGGCUGAUCACCGGAAGUUCCACUGGAUUUGGUGCCGAAUUCGUAAAGGCGCUUCUCGCUGCGGGAGACAAGGUUAUUGCUACGGCGCGCAACCCCACCAGCAUCGAACAUUUCCAAAAGGCGGGAGCAUCGGUUCUAAAGCUAGACUUGACCGCUAGCCAGUCCGACUUUGACCAACUGGCGGAGGCGGCCAUUGGUAUCCAUGGCGGUGUAGACGUUGUAGUGAAUAAUGCCGGAUACCCACACUUCAGCACCAUUGAGGACGAUAGCCUUGAGAACUGGAAGAACGUUUUUCAAACUCACGUGUUCGGCCCUCUUGGUGUUGCACGAGCUUUCCUACCACACUUUCGGUCGAAGAAGGCUGGAAAUUUUGUGUUCAUGGGAUCGAUUGCGGCGUGGGGAGGGCUACCAGCAGUGGGGGCGUACUGCAGCUCCAAGGCGGCUCUUCGAGCCGCGGUCGAGAGUUUGAAUCUGGAAACAAAGCCGCUCGGAAUCAGGACGCUCCUUGUCGAGCCCGGGUACUUCCGAACUGAGUUCCUCAAUGAGAAGAAGGCAGUCUACAUUGACACCAAGAUCGAUGAGUACAAGCCUCUCGUCGACAACCUGUACCCACAGGUGAAGGGAAUCCAUCAACAGCAACCCGGCGAUCCUGCCAAGGGUGUGGCGCGCAUCCUCGACGUGGUCAAGUCCCAAACGGGCGGUGAAGAUUUCCCCGUCAGCUUGGCCUUGGGCGAUGACGCUCUUGACACAAUCCGGAAGAAGUGCAACGACACGCUGGAGUUGUUGGACAAGUGGGCAGAGAAGUCUUCGAACACGUCAUUCUGA